GCCGCUGCGCUCCUCAGCCUUUGAAACUCGGGCAGAGCUCAAUUAAGAGACCAUGUCCGCCAUCGGCCGCCCGCGCUCUCCGCUCUCCUUAUUCCACCCAAAUUCUCCAUGAAAUAGCAUUAUCCCCCCGGGCCUCGAGGAUGGCCGGUUCGGGCGCCGUUCAGGUGAAGCUGGAGCUCGGCCACCGCGCCCAGGUGCGCAGGAAGCCCACGGCGGAGGGCUUCACUCACGACUGGAUGGUGUUUGUCCGCGGACCCGAGCACAGCAACAUCCAGCACUUCGUGGAGAAAGUGGUGUUUCACCUGCACGAAAGUUUUCCGAGGCCAAAAAGAGUGUGCAAGGAUCCACCGUAUAAAGUGGAGGAGUCUGGAUACGCUGGCUUUAUCCUGCCUAUUGAAGUUUACUUCAGAAAUAAGGAAGAGCCGAAGAAAGUGCGCUUUGACUACGAUCUGUUCCUGCAUUUGGAGGGUCAUCCACCGGUCAAUCACCUGCGCUGCGAGAAGCUCACCUUCAACAACCCGACGGAGGAGUUCCGCAAGAAGCUUCUGAAGGCUGGAGGGCAACGAGAUCCUCACAAAAGGAGUUCAGAGGAUUCUAAAGUGAUGGUCAUGCAGGAGGGCUCCACGUCUCUGUUCGGUCAGCACCUGAAGCUGCCCACUUUACCCAGCAGCUCCCUGACACUGACCUUCUCUGAUGGCAAAAAGAACAAGUCCUUCCCAGUGUCAAAGGACGGAUCCAAAAGCAGCAAUGCCCUCACCAUCACCACCACCAACAGCAUCAGUAGCAGCUCCCUUAAGCUCCACAAACCGUCCAAGGAGCACAAGGACAAGCCUUCCAAAGACUCGAAAGAGUCUAAAAGUGCCUUCAGAGACUUCAGCAGGGACUCGGGCAAAGUCUCCAAAGACUCCUCAAAGAAACCCAAAGAGAACCAGCCGCUGCGGGAUGAGCAACCCAUCCCUAAGAUGGGUUUCAAAGAGCCCAAGGCGAUGUCUAAGGAGCACCGAGCUACUGAGGUUAGCUUCUCAAGCUUGGGCCAAAGUAAACGAAGGCCCACAUUGGACGAUGAGGGCCACGUAACCAAAAAACGAAAAGGUAGUUUUUCAGAGCCAUUGCAGAAGCUGCAGGCCUCAUCCAGCUUGCUCCAGCACUCAGAUAAAAAGGUUUUAAAGGACAAAUCGCAAAGCAGACAUGCUAAGUUACGGGAUAAUGAGCUGUCUGAGAGAAGAAAAGCGUCUACGUUGCCUCCUUUUCAAGAUGUGGUGGACCCAAAUGACUCGGACAUGGACGACAACAUUUCUACCAAAUCAGAUUCAGAACAGCCCAGUCCAGCCAGCUCGAGCUCCAGUUCAAGUUCAGGCUUCGGACCUGCACACAAACGACAAGUGCUGGGUCCUUUACAGACGAUAAUUCAAGAUUUGCACUCAGAUGACAAUGAAGAAGAGUCAGAGGAGGAGGACGAAAAUGAUAUGGACUCUGACCUGGAGCGACCGUUACACACGCACAUGACACAUCGCCAUCGCAGGGUCAGUUUGAGUGACGGCAGUGACAGUGAAAAUAGCUCCGCCUCCUCUCCCCUCCCACACAAUGAGCCCCCACCACUCCUGAAGCCCAGCAAUAACCAGAUACUAGACGUUAAGAGUCCCAUGAAGCAGACAAAAGUGGACAAAAACAAGAAUAUUGAUUGUGACAAGGCAUACUUGGAUGAGCUUGUGGAGCUCCACAGAAGACUAAUGGCACUGAGAGAGAGGCACAUAUUACAGCAGAUCGUAAACCUCAUUGAAGAAACUGGACAUUUUCACAUCACAAACACAACAUUUGACUUUGACCUUUGCUCCUUGGACAAAACUACAGUACGAAAGCUGCAGAGCUACCUGGAAACCUCUGGAACGUCUUGAGGAACCUGUGCAGCAGGCUGCCGUGAGCAGGAACACCAGGCGUCCUCCAUUUUGUCUCUUGAAUCAGUCAAUAUGCGUGGCAAUGCUUUGGCUCAGCUUCAUCUAGAGGUCCUGGAGCACCUUUAUGUUUAACUCCAUGUGCCUCAGAGACGGACCCGAUACAUCAGCAUGGAGAAAUCUUCCUGUCCAUCUGGACGUCACCUGAAAAGCCUUGGAAACCCCAACAUUGCCAAAAAAGGGGAACAUCAAUUUCAUGCUCCAAAAAAAAAAUAGAAUGUGCAUAUUGUUACUACGUAUGAAUGUUUUGUUCUGUUCUUUGUGACGAAUGCAUGUUUCAACACUGCCUUACACCGUUGUCUAUUUAUUGAGUAUGAGUUUCAAGUGUGUGUGUGUGUAAGAGCAAAUGAUAUUAAACUUGUGCAAGCACUUGGGAACAGUCAUCUUGUUGGCGCUUUAAGGUGAUGGAGCGUUUUAAGAUUCGCUCGCCAGUUUCAGAUCCAUUGUGUGUAGUAUCGCCAAGACUACAUUUUGGACAAUUUGAAUGGCACUGUAAAAUUAGCAGUUUCUGAAGAAAAGUCCCUACUUGAUCUUACUGCUGUUUCCAAGAAAGGCAAUGUCCAGAGCAAAAUGUUCAUGGUGAGGAUCAAAUACCCCUUAAAUUAUUGCACAUCAACAGCGUCUGAAGUAAUCUGUUCCAAUCAACCAUUGGAAAAUUUGAGGAAUUACACCUUUUGGACUGGGCAGGACUGAGCUAACUGAGGCCAAAUACACUCAUACAACAGGAAUCUGUCUCAGUAGAAUACCGUAUUUUUGAAUCUGUUGAUGUUAUUUAUUUUACAGGGACCACCGUUUCCAUGGUUCUUUGUUGGCUGUCUCUAAACCAGUUGGAACUGGUUACUUGUCGUCUUUUAGGUUUUAGGUUUUUUGUUUUUGUUUUUUUUUUUUUUUCUGUUCUACUUGUUAAACUGAGGAAAUCAAAGUUUACUCUGCAGGUCCUUGAGACUUUUUUUUUAUAUAUAAGAAACUUGAUUAAUUGAUAUUGCAUUAAUAGAGGCCAAUAUGGGCGGGUUGUGCAGUUGAGCUGUAGGCCUGGUGGUUGAGUUAUGCCUUAAGGCAAGACCAGUAUCUUUAAAGAGGUACUUUUGAAUCAAAUGAAUCAAUCUGUAAGAACUACAGAUCAUUUUGGACACCUGAUGUAGAAGGUUGGAGGGACUGAAUUAUUGGCACUGUGUGUAAAGAUGUGUACGAAUUUUUCAUAAAUCUGCAUUUUUUGUAUUUUGUUUGUUUUUUGCAGAAUGAAAUCAAAUCUUGUAUACUU